UGCCUUGGUAAGCCUAGUAAUGUGUUAUCACAUUAAACACCCAAACGCAACGAAAGUGCAGCGCAUUUACUUUCACGCUGCUCGUCAGAUCGUCACUCCGAUAUCAUCUCACUAUCAGAGAUGAUGUCCCCCUAGCCACAGUCUCAUCCUUUUAAGCACAUUUCUCCGUCUCCGAACCCGCCACUUUGUCAAUUUUGGCACCAUUUUCUCUAUCCGGGGCCCCUUCCAAAAUCCAAAUUGCACUGACAAAUUAUUGUCCGUACAUCGCAAGCACCGGCUAGUGGCCACUGCUGCAGCGCUCUCUACGGACAUUAAUAUGCGGCAGCGACCGAAUCGCAAACCGAUCGCCAGAUAAAGAAACCCGGCCAUGGGGAGAUUAGCAAAGGCAUUAGUAGGCCCCGACAAGCCGUCGAUAACCCAUCAUUAUUCGAACUACGUGGUGGCGGCGGCCCCUAGCCAAAUGGAGAACCGACGGUAGGAACCGUCUUGAACCUAUGCUACGCAGUGCACCAUCAUCAUCAUCAUCGUCACCAUCACCGAACGGCGCUCUUCCUGAAGCGAGGCCCAGGGUGCGAGACGCAGGAACCUAUCUUGAUUAGCAUUAAAGGCUACCGGGGCCUUUAUCGAGUGGGAGCGGGGAGCGAAUACAUCAAAACAACAUUUUCCUCGCCACCCAAUUGGUGGAAAUUGGAUUGCUUGCCGCCGGUUGCUCGCUUGCAGGGAGGAAAAGACGAUGUUAGACAUGGCGUUCAGUGCGGUUCUGGGAGGAAUAGGAAGCGUACCAAACACCGGAUCGUCCUCUCGAGUAGCAAUGGUAUGUUAAAAUUCAAAUAAACUCCUCUUUGUAGGACGUUAUGUAGAGCUUCAAUGGGUGCAUUUAAAGAUCGAAGUAUUAAACAAAUUGUUUUCGCGAGAUUUAUACAUUUCCCGGACGCCAAUGGACGCAUUAUGCUAACCGCUAAAUUCCAAGGACACACAGCACCUCUCCACCAAUCGCGGGACCGCGUCGAUACUGACCUGCUGCCAGAGCACCCAACGCAAGUCCCCGCUUGCAACUCGAAGAAAACACUUACGUACGAAAACAAGUGAAUAGAAACCCCUCGCAAAUCGGAACCAGCAAACGAAGCGAACGAAAAGGGGUUGUUGUUUGUCCCGACGGUUGUGGGACCGGCUACCUCACACACUCACCGAGAGGGCGAAGCGUACACCCGCUCCUGAAGCGCGCUAACGAGCGCUUCCAUGAAUGGAGGAAAUUCAGCACCCUGCCGGGAGGGCAGACAGUCGGAACGGGACGGAAGAUCAAAGGGAGAAAAAGUAUCCGGAAAAACAGGGCCCCUAGAAGAAAGAGAGAGAAAGCGAGAGGUGGUAUAGCGAAUAGGAAGAGGACUAUAGUAAGGGACUGGUGGUACCGUGCGUGCGAAAGGGACACACCAGCACUCGAUCCUUUUUCAGGGAUCCUGCGGCACUGGCGGCGUUCGUCGCGAGGGGUUCGGUUAUAAAACUUUUCCUCCAGGCCGUCCCUGUGCUCAGUUGAUGUUCAUAGACAGUGGAGUACGGGCGGACAGAGAGCCUCACGUACGCAACGACACUUCCUCCUUCCGUGGGCCACCGUGGCGUAGCAGACUGACGACGAUGUGCCGGCUGUAGUGCCCGAAACCGAGUUCCCCAAAAACCGUGUGUGAACCAAUCCGUUUUAGGUAGUAGAUUAGUAGUUAGUAAGGAGUACCAGUGAGUGUCGCGGAAGCUGCUAUGUCCUCUUACUGUGGCUUCGAUGAACGUUCGUUCGAGGACUUCGACGACUAUACGUCGGAGGAUAGUGGAUUCGAGAAGAGCUACGAAUCGUACGGUGGUGGAGACCUGGCAACGGCCGCGUAUACCGGUGUCGUAUGCGUGAGUGGACCGCGCAAGUUGAACUUUGAAAAUGUGGCCAUAGAACCGCAGUUGACUGGUGUUGGUGGGAUUAGUGCAUGUGCCGGACAACAACCAGGGGUGGUGGUGCCCAUGAUGCCGUCCGUGGUUAAUGUGGAACUGGAACCACCGGCCAAGAAAGCCCGAGGACGUCAAUCGCUUAAGGAUAAAUCGUUGGAGAAGCUCGGUACCGAGUUCUGUCCCAGUUUGGGUGUUCAGACAUCGACACCGACGAAACCAGCAGAACAGGCGGCAACGGGCAAUGGAGAGCAGAAACCGAAGCGCAAGUACGCGAUGGGGAAAAGUCGCAUCACGCGCAACCGCAGCCCGACUCAGGUGAUGCGCAUCAAGCGAGUCCGGCGGCUUAAGGCGAAUGAUCGCGAACGGAAUCGAAUGCACACGCUGAAUGAGGCGUUGGAGCGGUUACGGCUUACGUUGCCGACCUUCCCCGAGGAUACGAAGUUGACGAAGAUCGAGACGUUGCGGUUUGCGUACAACUACAUCUUCUCGUUGGUGCAGCUCCUGGAGUUGGACGGAUCUAUCCAGUUCGAUUUGGAGAAGCUGCAAAGCCUGACGCUGAGCGGUGAGCGCAUCAACAAGGAACUGUUCGACGCCAUGUUCAUCAAUCCGACGACGGCGCAUCACUGGGGUACUACGAUGGGGUCCGGCUUUACGUCCGGUGACUUCUACAACAGUAUGCAGCAGUACGGAGCGGCAAUGAGUCCAGCGGUCGAUGGUUCUUACGCCGGUGGAGCUGGUUCCGGUGGUGGUGGUGAGUCUUUCUGCAAGCAGAACUACCAGCUGUUCCGUGGUGCCUUCGAUGCAGCUACGAAUCAGACAUCCUCCUAUCCGUUGACGUACCAGCAGCAGCAGCCGCAGCAACAACAGGGAGUAAGGACUCCAACGGCUAGCCAUCAGUCGGUGUCGUUUCAACGCGAUUCCGGUUACUAUCCGGACAUGACGACGUGCAAUUCCCGGCUGGGAGGCUUCAGCGUCAGUGCGGACGUCAGUGCGCAGCAGCAGCAGUCACAGCAACAGCAGCGACAACAGCAAUCACCGCCAGCGGCUGUCCCGGUUCCGGUCGCACAGACCAUGCAUUAUACCAGCAGCUUUUAUAACCAGACACCACCUUGGCGUGAAGGUACCGGUGACGGUGUGUACGCUGGGCUGGAUUCGGGACUUUUCGAAGACUUUGGCAGUUCGACCACCGUCGUUUGA